GAGACGUCAGGAGUAGUCGGGCAGCGGCGCACCGGGGCUUUGCGAACUUCCUAACACCAGCCGAAUGUUAUUUCUCGUUUAAACCUCAUACACCUCGCAGAAAUGAGUCUUCCGUACAGCCAAAGCGUGACCACACUGAACACCGUGACCGUGGCGGAGCCGAGCACGCAGACCGUCCUGACGUCUCCUGUCGGGUUAAGCGAAGGUUCGACGACUUACCGGACGGUGAACCUCUCGGGAGCUCAGUUUCAGCCGGUCCAGUACAUGAACAGUCAGGUGGAGGGCAACUUGAUGUACGGGGGCGCUCGGUACCUGGUGCCCGUCGCCCAGCAGCCCGCCGAGUCCUACGUGUACGUGCGUCAGGCGCCGCGCAUCGUGCAGCCGGUUUACCUACAGAACGUUCAGCGGGUGAGCGUCAGCAGCAUCGACGAGACCGACGUCAGACAAAUAAACGUAAAUGGACAAACAUCAGUCUUCAGCCAGUUAUCCAGUCCAGUCAAGAGCCCUGAACCAUCUGAGUCGGAGUUGGUGGAAACUUCAAGCAUUCACGAGGAAGUCCUGGACUUAAAGCAACUGAAAAAUGGCAUCUCCACUGAGAUAAAGACUGAAAUACAAGAGCCCGUCGCCAAACUGGACAACCGUUUCUUUGGCGAACUCCUUGCCGAAGUUUACCGCAAGAACGUCGAUAUUCAAACCUGCAUUGCUGAGCAUGUGGCCAAGAUCCGAGGAAGGAAGCACCUUCUAGACUCCACCAUUGACUACAAGAUGGAGAAAGAGGAAUUUGAGAGUCUCAUACCUAAAGGAGUGUCUGAACUGACUAAACAGCAGAUCCGCUACCUUCUGCAGACUCGUAUGACAGCUGAUAAGACCAUGCAUCUGGUGAUGACCACAUUCAGCAGUCUUCGAGAGGAGUUAGUGCACAUGCAGGAAGACCUGAGGCGUCUGGAGAGUGAGAAGGAGGACCUGGAGAGAGAUCUGAACUUUAAAGCAGAUCAAGCUCAGCAAUAUGACAGACUACUGGAGAGUGUUCGUGAACAAAACAGACAGCUGCAGAUGUCUCAGAAGGAAAGUAACAAUGCUCAGCGGACUUUGGAAAGUCAACUGCUGACCUUCCAGAGCAAAGACCCAACUAAAGACUUCCGCAUCAAAGAGUUGGAGGGCAGCAAGAGGGCACUGGAGCAGGAGAACGAGCUGCUCAGGAAGAAGUUGGCAGGGCAGUGCAGUAGCUCCACCAUCCAGAUCAAAACACAAGAGCUGUCCAGAGAGUACGAGAAGAUGCUGAAUGAUCUACGAGAGGAGAAAGACAGAGAACUCAAGAACCUGCGGUCUCAGCUUAUAAAGAUCCAGACGGAGAGCACCAUAAUACAGACCACCGACACCAGCAGUCUGGAGCUGCGUAUCUCUGAGCUUCUGUCCAAACUGGAGCAGCGUGAAAGCGUCAUCAGACACCAAGAGGAGGAGAUCAGACGACUCAAACUGCAGAAGACUGACAGCUCCAGUAGCUCCACGAGGACCGUCGUAACCAAGAGAUACAUGAACCAGUACCCUAUUUUGGGUCUGCUGAGUGAUGAUUAUCAGUACACAGCUCCUAUUAAAGAGGACAGGACUAUGGUCAUCGAGAGGACAGGAACUCGCAUCAUCUAGAGUGUGAAUGAACAGGAUGAUUUCCUCUGCAUGCCGCCGUCGUCUGCUUGCAGUGCCUCCUAUUGGUGGUGGUGACUUUUAUAUUUUUUAGGCUUUGGAAUUGAAUAACACAUGACAUUUGAAGCAGUACACUUAAUGACACAGCUGAUGCUAUAUUUUUUUCAUAAGAACCUUCUUUAUUGCGAUGUAGCGUGACUACUGAUAGUUAUUUUUAUAUUUUUUUUGUGCUGUCUCUUCAAAUGAUGCGCCACAACCUUUGGCAGACAUUAGUCAACACUACUGUAAGCAUGUACAUAUUUGGAGAGAAAUUAUUUACUGGUAUCAUAUACAGUGCCCAGUUUUCUUAUUCAUUUUGGUAUAUUAAUUAUGCUAAUUUGUUGUUGUUGUUAUGAUAAUGUCAAACAGGUGAUACUUUAUACAUUUUUUAAAAAAAAACUUUGGAUGAAUGUAAUAGUGGUUGACCACAUCAUGGUUUUUUCAAUGGCAGAGGUUCAGUAAGAUUUUUUGAUGUUUUUGAAAUGUUUAUUUGAUCAACAACAACAAAAAAAAAACUUCUAUUUUGACAUAGUUGUUAUAUUAUUAACUUUCUAUAUCAAUCAAUAAUUUAUUUCUGUUAUGCAAAGUCAUUACUCCGCUUCUCAGUGUCAUAGAAGUUUGUAAUAUGAUGAUUUGGUUGUCAAGAAACAUUAUAUAGUAAGAGUGUAUUGCAUUGUCUCAAAUAUGAAAAAAGUCUUACUGAUCUUAAAUUUUUGGAAGGUAUUAAGGAAUCAUUAUGGAAAACCCAUUUUUUCCACAGAAUAAAAAUAAACUAAAAAACAUAGCAUCUUUAUCUUAGAAUUCUGACUUUUUGUGGCAAUUCUGAGUUUAUGUCUCACAAAAUGACUUUUUCUUCACACAGUUUAGAGAAUAAAAGUCUGAAUUGUGAAAUAAUAAUAAUAAUAAUAAUAAAUUAAAUCUUCAAUCAUUAUUAGUUUAAUCGGACAAUUCAGACUUUUGUUGUAUUUACAGUUGACUUUAUUUCUUGAGAUUGCAAGUUUAUAGAUUAUUGACAUUGUAUCUUGCAACUUACUAACUUGCACUUCAGAAGUAUUCUCUAUAAAUUUGCAGUUGCAUAAGUCUAAAGAUACAAGAUACAAUGUCACAAUUCUGAGAAAAAGGCAGAACUGUGAUCAUUCAUUCUGAGGGGAUUUGUAUCUUGUCAGAAUUGUCUUUUUAUUUCUCAAUUCUGCCUUUUUUUCUCGCAAUUUUUAACAUUUAUCAUUUCUUAUGUUCCCCAAGUUUUGCUUCCUUUAAUAUCACGAGUAGUGGCCAAAAGUGAUUUCAAGCAAAGAAAACUUUUGUUUAUGAUCUGCAUUUCAGCAUUUUCAACUGUUAUGAUCAAGAAAACAUGCUAUUAAAAUACAAGAGGGAAAUCAUAAAAAAUUAAUAACUGAUUAAACUGUAGCCACUCCAUUUCUUUCUGUUUCUUUUUUAAAAUCCAUUUUAGCAGAGUAAAAUAAAUCCCAUGUUCUUUCAUAAAAUAUUGUUUGCCUUUUUUGUCAAUUAAAUACCGAACAAGUUUUUUCUCAUUCAAUGUAGUAUAUUCCUCAACAUGUACAUGUAAUUUUUCAUACUUUUUCUGGUUUUAUUCAAAUGUAGACUCAUUAGUCUGCAGAUGAAGAAAGUCCGGGAUCCAUUUUUGAAGAAAUAACACUGUGUUAGAGCCCUCUGCCCCUUCAGGUAAGCCGAGAAUGUGAAUGUUUUUGCGCCUUCCUCUGUUCUUCAAGUCAUCUAUGUGGUCAGUAAGUGACGUGACUUGACUUUCCAGCGUGAGAACACGGGCCUCUUGCAAUUCUCCAGUUGUUGAGAUUGAAUUUGUAUGAGCUCAGAGGGUCAAGUUUGGCGUCAACCGUUUUUUAAAUCGAUUUUGUCAUUUGUUGAAACGCCUUUGCCAUGCUUAACUCAAAAUCGCCGCUAGUUUCUGCCUCACAAGGUUCGGCGAAGAAUCUUUUUUCGUGGUUUUCUUUGUACCACGAGGCAUUUUCAGAAAAGAAUGUGGCCAAAAAGAUUCCAGAGACUUAAUAUUAUAAUCAAACGUCAAAAACCAGGAAGUUGCGUUAUAAAUAGUAAUUCACUGAUUUGGGAGCAUGUACUCAUCCUCAAGUAUGUCUAAACCUUUAUGAGUUUCUUUCUUCUGUUGAACACAAAAGAAUAUAUUUUGACGAUUUGAAUGGACCCAUUGACUUCCAUAGUAGGAAAAAAACCCCACAAUGGAUUUCAACAGUUACCAGAUUCCAGCAUGUUUUGGAACAUGUGGAGUAAAUAAUGACAGAACUGUUUCAUUUUUAGUGAAUGUUGCAGAAUGUGACAUACAUACAAAAAAAAAAGUUUUCUGCAAAGCCUACUUGUUUGUUUUCUUCUCUUUUGUACAGAGAAGCUGAUAUCUUGGAGAAGAGGUACUAAAAUAGCUACUAAAUAAAGUUGAAACUAAUUGAACCUAACAAAAUUAGAAGACAAAAAAUAAAAUUAUGAACCUUAUGUCAAAAUAGAACUGUUUAAUUUUUAAGGAAACUAUGCCUUUAAAAUAAAAAAAUUACAAAUUAAAUUUCGGAUACACUGUAAAAAUGCUGGGUUCCACACAAUCCCUUCAUGUUGUCCCAAAACAAAUCUAUUGAGUUAGCUUCAUAGUUUUUACAAAUUUAAGUGUAUACAAAAAAAAAAACAAUUAAGUUGUCCCCCCCAAAAAUCUAAGAGUUGUGUUGUUUCAACUCAUUUUAAGUAGUUUGAAUGAGCAACAAAAGUAAUUUGAGUGUAUCACCUUUGGCCACUACUGUUUUUACUGUUGUGAAUGAAAAUUUAUGUGUUGAAAAUUGUGACAUUACUUUGUUUUUAAUGUUUUAAUCCUUGAUGAAAGCUUCUACAAAGACUCUUCUUGUUACAAGACUUUAACACCAAAAAAAGAAAGAAAAGUACAUAUAUUUGUUUACAAAGCUGUCUGUUAUAAGUGAAUCAUGAGGGUGCAGAUAUGCUGGAAUGGAGCAUUAAUAUAUAAUGUAAGCCGGUGAGGGGUUUACUGCUUUAAAGUAGCUGAUGGGGGAAUUUUGGGGGAUUGCUUUUAAAUAUCUCAAUUCUCACUGCCUCAUAUUGUAUGUAAUAUCAAACUUUUGUCCCAUGUAUGAACAUCAGCUGUAAGACAUCUUUAAAAAAUAAAAAAAAGCUAAGAAACUUUAA